AUGGCUCCAACCAAAGUGGCAAUCUUGGACGACUACCAAGGAGUUGCUGACCCCUUCUUCAAGAAACUUGACCCAUCCAAGUAUGAAGUCGUGUCUAUCAAGGAUACGUUGCUGCCUUACAACCACCCAGACAGCUCACAAUCGAACAAGGAUGCUCUAGUUGAGAGAUUCAAGCCCUUCGAUGUUAUCUGCACGAUGAGGGAGCGCACACCCUUCCCUCGAGAGUUGAUCGAACAACUCCCUUCCCUCAAGCUUCUCCUCACCACAGCAUUUCGCAAUAGAUCCCUGGACCUAGAUACCCUCAAAGAACGAGGGAUCCCAGUUGCCGGAACAGUUGAUAAGCCCCGGAGCGGCAAGCCGGUGCUCGCUGGCACGGGCAGCACCACUCAACACUGCGUCACUCUCAUCCUCUCGCUCGCUCGAGGCAUCGCCAGGGAUGACGCCGCUGUGAAGGAGGGACUGUGGCAAACCGGACUCGCGACUGAUCUCUCAGGGAAAACUUUGGGUGUCCUCGGCCUCGGGAGAUUGGGAAGCGCAGUCGCGAGGAUUCUCAACGUCGCAUUGGGUAUGAAGAUUAUCGCGUGGAGCAGCAACCUCACACAGGAGGCGGCAGAUGAGAAGGCCAGGGAAGCCGGUCUACCUGUUGAGGAUGGGGAGGGUGAGAAGACGUACAAAGUGGUAAGCCGAGACGAGUUCUUCAGAACUGCCGACGUGGUGUCUGUCCACCUUGUACUGUCUGAUAGGACACGCGGCAUAGUCAACAAGGAGGACUUGGCAAAGAUGAAGUCGACAGCCUUGUUUGUCAAUACCUCUCGCGGCCCCCUCGUCGUGGAGAGGGAUCUUCUCGACCAUCUCAAGGCUGGUCGUAUCAGGGGCGCAGCUGUCGAUGUCUUUGAGCCGGAACCUCUCCCCGCCGACAGCGAGUGGCGCAACAAGAACUGGGGUCGCGAUGGAUCAAGUCAGGUUCUGGUCACCCCUCACAUGGGCUAUUGCGAGGAGGACACCAUCAAGUCGUGGUAUGAGCAACAGGUUGAGAACAUUGAGCGAUGGGCUGCCAACGAGCCGUUACACAACGUAUUCACCUAG